CCCGGAGACAAUUGCAAGAUACGCAAAGCAGCCAUGUUUUGAGGCGCGUACGGCAGGUGUCCGUGGCGGCCGACGCUGGGAGCUCGGCCUCAGCAUGAGGCUGAGGAGUGUCGGAAGGCCGCGGGCCGGAUAGCCGCAGGUGGCGCGCGAGAUCGAUGAUGCGGAAGAGGCCAGCGCGCAGUCCACCUGGGGCCCCGGCGCUGGCGUGGCGGCUAUUUUGGGGGCAAGCGGCCCGCUUGGCGGUGUCCCAGCUGCUUGGGGGCGCCCGGUCUGCGCCCGAUUUGGGCAGCCUCUCCCAACGGGGCAGCAGAGGCGAACAUGUCGUCGCGGAGCCCGUCGCCCCGAGCGGGCCGGCGGCCCGCGUUCCUCAGCCAGCCGUCGGUGAUCAGCUGGCAGUCUGACCCGACGAGGCCGCCCCAAUAUCUAAUCCUCAAUCCUAUGCACAUUGUGAACCUGACGGCUGACAAGACGCGAAGCUGUGCCGUCCGGGCCGCCCAAAGCAUCAAGGCGUUCAGCCAACGCUGGUUCUCGCACAUUCUGUUGCUGCUCGUACUGCUCGCGUACGCGGCCAUGGGCGCUGCGCUCUUCCAGCUCAUCGAGGGCCCUUUCGAAGACAAGCAAAAGCAGACCAUCCUGAACGCGCGCCAGUACAUCAUCGAGGACCUGGUGCUCGCCCAGCGCACUCUGUCCGUGGCCGGAUUCCGGCGGCACGCACUGCGCCGACUGCGCGAGUUCGAGACGCAGGUGCGUGUGCUGGAGGACGAAGCUCGCAUCGUGAGCCACUCGGAGAAAAAGAUCUGGUCCUUCUGGGGCGCGCUCUUCUACUGCGGCACCGUUUUCACAACCAUCGGCUACGGCAACAUCGCCCCGAGCACGAUGGCCGGCAUGGCGGUGACCAUCCUGUACGCCUUCAUCGGCAUACCGCUGCUGCUCAUGGUGCUGGCCGACCUGGGCAAGGUGUUCACGCGCGGUAUCAAGUGGCUCUUCCUGUCGCUGCGCCAGCUCGUCCGCACGGGCCGCUGCGGCAAGCACAAGGCAAAAGCGCCUCCUCCGCAGCUCCAGUACGUCGCUUUCGUGUGGCGCAAGGUGAACGACACCAUGGCGUACGUUCCCUACCCGGCUUACCUGAAGCAGGAGCCCACCACGCCGACUGCCGAGGAAGGCGGUGAGGAAGCGAGCAAGGCAGCCAGUGAGGAGGAGCUCGUCAUCGACGACCAGUUCAACUUGCCUGUGUCGCUGGCCCUUCUUCUACUCUCCAUCUACAUGACGGUGGGCGCCUGCAUCUUCACCAUUUGGGAGUCGUGGAGCUUCUUCGAAGCCUUCUACUUUGUCUUCAUUUCCAUGAGCACAAUAGGAUUCGGCGACUACGUUCCAGACCACCCGAUGUUUAUGAUGGCUACUUUCAUCUACUUGCUUUUUGGCCUUGCGCUGACUUCCAUGUGCAUCAACGUUGUGCAGGAGAAGCUUUCCGCCAUAUUUGAAAGAGCUCGAAUGCAGCUGGGGACCACCAUCGGCUUCGACGCCAUGGUGAUAGACCAAGAGCGAAAUGAGCCUCUGGGAAGCGAUAUUGACGAGGCAGUGGCAAAGGAUGCCAUCGCCAAAGAAGCUAUUGCAAAGGGGCUUGCUGCUCAAGAAGCUACAGUCAAGAACGCUGUGGAUAAAAAAGCAAUUUCGAAUGAUGUUUCAACUAAAGAUAAAACCCAGCACAAAGAGCCUACCUGAACGGCCUCUUCAGAAUAAAUUAUGCGCCCAAUAGGCUCUCGAACUAGCCAUGUGUAUACGGCAUGGGAUGAGAGACGCGUACCAAACAUUGCUGUGAACAUACGCGAAAACAUCAUGCAGAAGCUCACCACGGUGCUGCAGUGCAUAGCUGAAAGUUGAUCAGCAGUCGCACGACAGUGUCUAUUGCUCAUAACUGGUAUAGUGCAGAGGUGACAGCAUCUCUACUGCUGCGGAUCAAGGUGUUACUCAACUGGGUUAACCUAUUUAUAUAUAUACGGUCAGUUCGCUUACACCAUAGAGACGUGCACCUGUUGAUACCGUUUACACGCUGUACGCCUUCCCGGCCGCGGCGGCGGCAUUUCGAUGGUGGCGAAAUGCGAAAACACCCGUGUACUUAGAUUUAGGUGCACGUUAAAGAACCCCAGGUGGUCAAAAUUUCCGGAGUCCUCCACUACGGCGUGCCUCAUAAUCAGAAAGUGGUUUUGGCACGUAAAACCCCAAAUAUUAUUAUUAUGUACGCCUUCUACUGCCGCAGCAUCAGCUGCAUCUUGUGUGAUCCUGACAAGAGUGCAUUGUAUUCAGAACUUUAGAUAUGAAAAUCACAUCUACAGAGCUGAAUACAGGCAUUCUUUUAUGAGCUUUUUCAAUUUUUUUCUCAAAUAGCUGCCAAAGCGCAUAGAUGGCGCUUCUAAACACCCCCACGCAAGCGUUGCGAUUCUCUCCAUUCUUUGCUUUGUCGUCCCGCUGGUUGCCCUAGUUACCGUGUGUUCCUCACGCUGCAUCGCCGGUGUCGCUAGCGUCGCGCGGUCGCUCAGUAGCUGUUGCCUUCGCUGCCGUGUUUAUUCCACGGUAGUGUCGUUGUGACUGCAAGCGCGAUGCAUUU